AUGGAAGUAAGCGACGAAAACGAGAUUCGUAAAGAGAGGCAAUACGAUUUAACAUCUGAUGAAGCUUUACAAGAACCAGAAAUCAAGCAUCCACCAUGCUUAUCAAUACUUGAAUUGAGUGAUGUUCAUGACUCACAAAUCAUAAUUCCAAAAAAGAAACGCCGCAAGAAUGGCAUCAUUAUUGAUGAAUUAACAAUGUUCAACAAGGCACAACUUCAAGCUCAGAUUGAUUGUAUUGAUGACCUGUUGCAUACACGUGAUGAAAUGAUUCCUCAAAUAUCAAAACGUGGAGCGGUAACAGUUCAAGAUUUAUUUAAUGUUCGUCCAAUGACAUUACGUGAAUUUGCGAAAAAUCCUAUGUCAAAUUUGGAUGCAUGGAUAUCAGCACCGGAAUAUGAUGAGCCACCACUUCAGUAUAAAGAUGCAAUGCAGUUAGAACCAAUGCAGGCGCCACCAAUGCGAACGUUACAUCAUUUUUCAGAUGGAAGAGAAACAUUAACCGAUUCUACAUCACAUGAAUCCGUAAAAAUUAAUCUGCAAGAUCUGGAACGACAAACUGUUACACCAAUGAUGGAGGAUAUUGAGCAAGGACGACGAAAUACCACUUCCACGGCACCUUUUGGUAGCACACGUACCACUACCGAUCCUUCAUCACAGCUCAGAUCAGAUGGUGGAUUACCUGUUGCCUCUAGCGAAAAUCGACUAGCUGAUGAGAAAAUGAAAAUAUCCGUGGCUACCAUUUUUGAAAGAACUGCUGAAGAGGAGCGUAUGGAUGACAGUUUCACUUUGUUAGCGGAAAAACCGCGAGUGACAGAUUUAUUUUCAAAUUUGACGAUUGAAUCUGAAUUACGUGGGACGAAACUGGAAAGUAGCACUGAAAAUAUUCUUGUUGAUGAGAGAUAUUCUGAAUGUGAAAUACGUCAAGAAGAAUAUCAAAAUGAGCGGAAUAUUCCAAAGAUCUCAGUGAUGCAGGAUCGAUUUCAGUUGAAAGUUAGUAAGAGGAAAAGUACGUUGGAGACAGAUGACAGUUCCCUUCCAAAUUACUAUCAAACACAGAGCGCUCAUGAUCUUUUUGGAUUGAUAACUGAAUUUCUCAAUUCUCACGAGGCUUCAUCUCUAUGUUUUUCGGAAUUAAUUCGUGGUCACACUGCGGUAUUUGCAGCUAAAGCUUUUACAAAUUUGUUGGAGUUGUUGGCAAAGCAAAAAGUUAAGGUCGAACAGGAGGAAAAUUUUGCCGAAAUUGUCAUUCGACUUCAAUAA